AUGAGUGACUCUCAGCCAUCUACUCCUCGAAAAACUGAAGCUACAGAUACACAGACGGUUGUGCUGAAUAAAGUACAAGAUCGCGAUGAACAGGGUAACCCAGUUCUCCAGCUGCGACUACAGCAGUCCAAGAAUGAUCAUAAAGUGAAGUGGACGACUGACACUGUGGACAACGAGCUUCUGGGAAAGAAGAAAUCCAAGUGCUGCUGUAUUUAUGAGAAACCCAAAGUAUUUGGAGAGUCAGAUACUUCUUCCAGCUCAGAUGAUGAUGAUGGUGACGACUGCACACCCCACUGCCGAGGUCACAAGAAGAAGUGCUUCCGGCGUAAAGGUCACUGCCAUGACCAUGAGGGCAAAUGUGGCAAUGACACAGGUUCAAACAGUUACUGA